CAUAAACCCCAAACAUUGCUCAGAUUUUUUCCCUCUCCUUCUCUUCACGUUAGCUUCCUCUCAAUCCUUUCUCUCCAUGAAACAUUGAAGCCCCAUGUCAUGUCUCGUGACUUCAACAACUCUCGUCCUCUCAAUCCCCACCUCAAUUUCUCCGUGUCUCCCUUACAAUCAAUCCCUGACAGCAACCUUCUUCACCCCUUUCCUCUCUCAUGACUUCUCCCCCCCUUCCGCCCUAUUUCUUUAACCGGAAAAUAAUUACCAGCAGUACCACCAACAGUCAUGCGGUCUCCACAGCCCCACCGUAGCGGCGGUGACACCCAACAACACUUCCAAUCCACCGUGUCAGUACAGAAGCUGAAACGAUUCAACUCACUCAUUCUUGUUUUUCGAUUCGCUGCCUUUUGCUUCUCGCUUGCCUCUGCUGUUUUCAUGCUCACAAACUCUAGAGGAUCUGAUUCCCUUCAUUGGUACAAUUUUGACGCAUUCAGAUACGUUUUCGCUGCGAAUGCGAUCGUCGCCAUAUACUCUCUAUUCGAGAUGGCUGCUUCCGUCUGGGAAAUCUCAAGAAAUGCCACGCUCUUCCCUGAAAUCUGCCAAGUCUGGUUCGAUUUCGGCCACGACCAGGUGUUUGCGUACCUGCUAUUGUCAGCUAACACCGCGGGUACGGAGCUGGCGAGGACACUGAAGGACACGUGUACGGAUAAUAAAGCGUUCUGUGUGCAAUCUGAUAUAGCGAUUGUUUUGGGUUUCGCCGGGUUUUUGUUCUUGGGCAUCUCGUCCCUGUUUUCGGGUUUUCGGGUGGUUUGUUUUAUAAUCAACGGCUCUCGUUUUUAUGUUUAGAUUAAUAGUAGAUUAGGUUAAUCCUGUAUGAGAUUAAUUAAGAUUGGACAGACAAUGAGGGAAUAUUUUGGGAAAGCGUGUGAGCAAUUUCACGUUUUUACUGUGUGAGAUUGAUUUGCGUGUCUGUCUGCCUUUGAUGUUUAUUUUUGUGGCAGAGAUGAUGGUGUUCUGUAGUACAUUUAGUACUGUGUACAUGGGUUUGUGUAUUAUUGGAUUCCUCGCUAAUUUAAUUUUCUGUUUGAAUAA